ACAGACAUCAGCAGGUUGACUUAAGUUAGCACCAAAUAUAAAAUCUAGUGUGAAUUACAAUUAUGAGCAGCAGGAAGACUAAAGGACGCAAGACUGACAAAGGAGUUGGAGAUGGACCAGCAGGCAAACGUGGACCAAUGACCAUCGCAGUGUCUGAAAUAUUGCUGAUUAACAUGGAGAAGCCAGGAGUGGCGUUUCCCUUCAUAAAGGCCUUACUGAACGUGAUGGACCAUUUCCACGAGCUUUACCCGGACAGUGAGAUUCCAUUCCACAUUGCACUGAUGACUAAAAACCAGACUCAGGAGAAAUGCCUAAGAAACCACCUCAACGAGUUAGGCUUAAGUCAGGUUUCAAUCCAUCAGGAUGACUACAGCAGCAAACCUGAACCGAAAGUACUCUACCUCUCCGAAGACCCUGGCAAAGCAGAGAAAGCCAUUGAAAAAGGGCAUGCAGCUGCCAUCAUGUUCCCAAAUGACAAGGAGAACCAACAGAGUGAAGACGGAGAGCUUCGCGUGGCAUUUGACGGAGAUGGCGUCCUGUUCUCUGAUGAGUCCGAGAUUGUUUAUUCGAAGGAAGGGCUGGAACCCUUCUUAAAAAAUGAGAAGGAUAAAGAGGACAUCGCUAUGGAAAAGGGUCCCCUGAAGUGCUUCCUGGAGGCUCUCAGUGACCUGCAGAAAAAGCUUCCUAGCAAGAGUUGGUCUAAAGUGCAGACCUACCUGGUGACAUCCCGCAACCCGCUCAUUAGUGGCACCAGGGCUCUGAAGACCCUGACCACUUGGCAGGUGGACAUCAGCCAGGCUUUAUUCGUGUCCAGGGCCCCAAAGGCGUCACUCUUGGCCACGAUCCGCCCGCACAUCUUCUUUGAUGACAAGAAGAAGUACAUUGAUGAGGCACUGGAGCUGGGGGUCAUCUCUGCCCACGUGCCUUAUGGGAUAGGAUAUGCGACCGACAAGGGUGCCUGCAAGAAGUGAUAAACCAUGACCAUCUAUCAUGACAAAAUCAUGACAUUUGGAUCAUUCAAAGGAGAAGAGCCAGACUGGUUGAAGCUUACAGGAAGGGGACAGGAAUGUCCACAACCACACAUUACAACAGUGGUAUGCAGAAGAGCAUCUCUGAACAUACAUCAAAUGGGGUCUGUAUGGACUCAAAUGUUGUUAAUCGCAUAGUUGUAGAUGGCUAUGUUUUUCGUAAGGUACAAUACAACUGGACAAAAAACAAGAUACCUAUUAUGACAACUAGGAAGUGGCUAAACUAUGGUGGGUGUGAUGUCUACCAGACAUAAUUUGUUAUUUUCUAAUGUUAAAUACUGCUUUGGAGUGCAUUUGUGUUCAAUUGUACUGUUUCUUUAAAAUAGUCAUGUUAGUUAGUUAGAACGCUUCACUUCCGGUUAGUCACUUCCCGUUAGAAAGCAGGAAAUGCAACAACAACGGAGCCGUGUUUGAUGUGCUAGUUAAGGAUCUUUUUGAAUCCUCCCAAAAGGACUGAUACAUCAUUGUCGUAAGUGAUCAUAUUUCAUCAGUCACAUGUUAAAGAUAAUGUAUUAAGGAUUAGUUGAUAAAAAUGUGGUUCAUAAGUUAAGAUAAAAAACGAUUUUAUUUACAAGUAUGUACAAUGUAAUUCAUGCUUUUGCUACAAUUCUGGGUUGGU